CAGUUCUCUAGGUGCAUUGCCUGAGUGCUCAAUUACCGUCCUCUUCUUCCCUGGCCCCAUCAGUGAGACUCCUCCCUUUUUACUAAGGGAAAAUAGCAACUUCUCAGUUGUGCAUUUCCAAGAGAUGAAGACGGAGAAAGAAAGUUUUCACGAGAAGUUGAUGAGAAGGAGCGAAGCUACUCAAAGGGAGAACAUCACAAUCUAUCGUCUUCCAUUCCCGCUUGUCCCAGGUCGUCACCAAUUGGGAGAAAAUAAACAAGGCGAAAAAUGCUUGAAUGUCCUUCUUCUCGGCUUGACUGGAUCAGGGAAAUCCAUGUUGGUGGAGGUUAUGGGGAAUUAUGGUCUGGGAGUAGAUUUCCGGGACCCCUAUCGAUUCCAGGUGAAGGAUGACGGACCCACGGCAAAGAUCAGCUCCUAUACUUUUUUCACCAGGAACCAAGGAAAAUUUCGUCGUCCCAUCACUCUCAUUGAUACGCCAGGCUUUCAAAAGGGGACGCCCCAGCAAGACCAGAUGGUGACGAAAGACAUCCAAGAUUAUAUUUACUCGAAGCACCCAGAAGGAAUCCACGCCAUUGCCUACGUCCUCCCAGGCUCUCAGGGAAGAUUAACAGCGGAGCAGAAGACGGUUAUGACGAACAUGGUCAAAGUAUUGGGAGACGAGUCUGAAAAGAUUUCGUAUUUGUUCUGCACAUUCGCUGACAGCUCGCGCCUCCCCGUAUUAAAUGCAGUGGAAGAAGCCAAAUUCAUAUGCAAAAAGCAUUUUCGGAUCAAUAGCUCCUCCUACUUCACCAAGGAGGAGGAAGGAGAGUUUCCCUCCAAUGAUGAAGAAAAAAUUAAAGGAGUAAAUGCAGUCUCCAUGAAUGAAAUGCUGUGGAAUAUGACAACAGGCAGUAUUCGUGAAUUCAUUGAGGAUAUUGAGAGUAAUGCACCUCUACUGAUCCACAGACGGCCUACCAGAGAUUUACGAUGGAUUUCAGAAAAGCAUGGACGACCCCCUCUGACUCCUACGCAUUCUCUGAACACUGCUGGAAGAUUAGCAGAUUCGGAACGAGUAGACCUUCUUGAGUCCUCUUCAUCUCAUCUUCCAGAUUCUGCUAGAUCAGCAGAUUCGGAACGAAUAGGCCUUAACACAUUCUCUCCAUCUCAACGAAAUAGAGUUGGGAAAAACAGGAACAGGACAGAAUAUCAAAUCCAGCAUAUCUUCAUCUGGAUUGGGUACAUAUACAGGACUGCCAGCAGCUGGGUUUUGCCUCACAUUUUGCAAUUCUACAGUUGGCUUUGGUACAUGGGCAGAACCUUCAUCAAGUGGGCUUGGCAUCGAAUCUUGCAUAUCUUCAGUAUGAUUUGGAUCAAAUGCGGAAUUGUCUGUAUUUGGAUUUUGUACAUUGUCGGGAAAGUCUGCUGCAGGAUUUUCAACAAAGUCGAGACUCUCUUCAACUGGAACUUAGAAGAAUAUUUCAAAAGGCAAGAAAAGCUGCUUCAAGAUAUAUUCUCCACCAACCUCACUCCUAAAGGAGUAAUAGAGGAAUAUUUAAAGAGAAGACACCAAAACCCUAUGGAAUGGAUCCACUUCAUCAAAAGUCUCUUUUCAAGGAUCCGACAGGACCAGAACAGCAUUCGUCCUCCAUUCUCGUUUCCGAGUGAACUGUUCCCUUGGGAUUCAGAUAUGUUGAUGCCUGAAAAGGAAAGACUUCAUGAGGAGUUGAAGAGAAAGAGCAUUCCAAACCGAAGGGAGGGCUUUCAGUUGUACUGCCUUCCAUUCAGGCGCAUCAGUGCAGAUGAAAUAUACCAAAUGGGCAAGGAAAGGCAAGGAGAAAAAUGCCUAGAUAUUCUCUUUCUCGGAUUAACUGGAUCAGGGAAGUCAAUGUUGCAGGAGGUCAUGGGGAAUUAUGGCUUGGGAGUGGAGUUCCAGGAUUCCUAUCGAUUUCAAAUGAAGACGGAGGACGGACCUACGAAUUCGAUCACCUCGCACACAUAUUUCACCAGAGACGCCCAAAGGUUUCCACGUCCUGUCACCCUCAUUGACACGCCGGGCUUUCAGAAAGGGACUCCCGAGAUGGACCGACAGUUGACGGAAGCCAUCCGCGACUUCAUCCACAUGAACCACCCGCUGGGAAUCCACGCCGUCGUCUAUGUUCUCCCAGGCUCUCAGCAUUUCCCCGUCAAUAGUUCCUCUUACUUCGUCAAAGAAGAGGAAGAUGAAAGUGCUGGAUUUUCCAGCGAUGAUGAUGAGGGGAAGGGAAAAGACGCGAAAGUAAUGUCCAUCAACGAGUUGCUGUGGAAAAUGACGACGGAUAGCAUUCGUGAGUUCAUGGAGGAUAUUCAGAAGAAUACUCCGGUCGUGAUCCAGGAGCAUGGCAUCCCUAAAGAUUUGAUACACCCGCUGGCUCCUGUUGAUGCUCCUCAACGGAGUUUUGUUCAUGUCCUCAUGAGGCAAACAGAACUUGGUGAUACCCCUUGUGAAAGGCGUCCCAAAACAGGUGUCAUUGAUGCAAAUCUAGAGAAAGGCAAUUGUCUAAUUGAAGAUGACCCAAAAAAACCCUACAUUCUCCUUGAAGAGACUGUUGCAGGGUAA